AUGAAAGCUCUGUUGGCAUUAGUGGUCUACACUGGCUACUUGCUCCAACUCUACACCCUCAGCUCAAGCCUUCUACCGCCAAUUUUGCGUUUCGUUGAGCGAAAAACUGCCAGCGAUAACCGAAAGAUGGCACUUGUUGCUGACUACGGGCUGAGAAGCAGCAUCGUUUUUAUUUCAUUUCUACUUGCCGUUCUUGUUCCGAAUCUCGAAAACUUAAUACCUCUGAUUGGCGUGACGUCA